UCAGUGAAAGAAAUACAGUUUUGAGCAAAAAGGGGAGACUUAACUUUGCUAAAAUCUUGAGGCAAACUUUUUGUGGGGGGAUAGAAAUUCUUCUUCCUUUAGUUCUUUGUCUUCAGAGGGUGUUUGGACAUUUUUGGAGUCCUCUUCGUCCCGUGUGACCACCAUGCCUUGUUACACAGUGACUGUUUCCACAGGGAGCCAGUGGUUUGCAGGGACAGAUGACUAUAUCUACAUCACACUGGUGGGCACGGAGCGAUGCAGUGAGAGAACAUUGCUGGACAAACCUCUGUACAAUGACUUUGAGAGGGGGGCGGUGGACUCCUAUGACGUGAGGGUUGGGGAGAACCUGGGUGAAAUUGUGUUUGUGAAGAUUGAGAAGAAGAAGUACUGGGUGCAGGAUGACUGGUACUGCAGGUACGUCACAGUCAAGACCCCAUCAGGAGACUAUGUGGAGUUCCCCUGUUUCUGCUGGCUGGUGGAUGACAAGGAAGUGGUGCUGCGGGCUGGAGGAGGUAGAGUCAGCUGUUCAUUUUUUCAGCCUAACAGACUACCUGUGUCCUCCUUUCCAUCAAUCAGCGUCUGCAGUGAAAAACACAAGUUUAACAAACAAGCUUUGCUCCAUGUCUUAAUUCGUCAUGUGUCUGUUGUAGCACGUCUGCCUCAGGAUGAUAAGACCAGCCUAUUGAAGCAGCACAGACAAAAAGAGCUGGAUAUGAGGAGAAAAACCUACAGAUGGAAGGAGUGGCAGCCAGGCUUUCCUAUGAGUAUAGAUGCCAACAGACACAAGGAUUUGCCCCGGGACAUCCAGUUCGACAGUGAGAAGGGAGUAGACUUUGUCCUGAACUACAGUAAAGCAAUAGAGAACCUGUUUGUGAACCAGUUCAUGCACAUGUUCCAGUCGUCCUGGAGUGACUUCGCUGACUUUGAGAGUAUCUUUGUGAGAAUCAAAAACACAAUAUCAGAGUACGUGAUGCAACACUGGAAGGAGGACUUCAUGUUCGGGUACCAAUUUCUGAAUGGUUGCAACCCCGUAAUGAUCCGCAAGUGCACCAAAAUUCCUGAGAAGUUUCCCGUCACUCAUGAGAUGGUUUCUGUCAGCCUGGAGCGAGAGCUGAUUCUGGAACAGGAAGUAGAGGCAGGUAACAUCUACAUAGUAGACUACAAGGAGUUGGACGGCAUCACUGCUAACCGCACAGACCCGUGCACACUGCAGUACCUGGCGGCUCCAGUGUGUCUGCUCUACAAGAAUGCUCAUAACAAGAUCCUGCCCAUAGCCAUACAGCUCAAGCAGACUCCAGGUGAAGACAACCCCAUCUUCCUGCCCACUGAUGGUCAGUAUGACUGGCUGCUGGCGAAGAUCUGGGUCCGCUCGGCUGACUUCCAUUACCACCAGAAUAUCACGCACCUGCUCAGGACUCAUCUCAUGACAGAGGUUUUUGCCAUUGCCAUGUACAGGCAGCUCCCUGCCGUUCACCCUGUGUAUAAGCUGCUCAUUCCACACAUCCGUUUUACCAUUGCUAUCAACACCAAGGCCAGAGAGCAGCUCAUCUGUGAGUGUGGUAUCUUUGACAAGGCAAACGCAACAGGUGGAGGCGGUCAUGUCCAGCUGAUUCAGAAGGCCAUGAAGUCUUUGACCUUCAGGUCUCUGUGCUUCCCGGACGCAAUCAAGGCCCGCGGCAUGGACAACACGGAAGAGAUGCCCACCUACUUCUACAGAGACGAUGGUUGCAGGGUGUGGGAGGCCACCAAGAGUUUUGUGUCUGAUGUGGUGCAUAUUUACUACACCAGCGAUGAGAAGUUGCAGGAAGACGUAGAAAUCCAGGCCUUCAUUAAAGAUGUGUGCAGCUUCGGUAUGCAGGACUUCGAUUUCUGUGAGUUUCCCAAGUCCCUGAAAACACGUGAGGAGCUGACAGAGUAUCUGACGGUCAUCGUGUUUACUGCUUCAGCCCAACAUGCAGCAGUCAACUUUGGACAGUAUGACUGGUGUUCCUGGAUCCCCAACGCUCCAUCUACCAUGCGAAGACCCCCGCCCCAAGAGAAGGGCAUUGCAGAUGUGAACUUGAUCAUCGAGAGCCUCCCUGAUCGUGGACGUUCCAGCUGGCACCUGGGGGCCGUCUGGGCCCUCAGCCAGUACCAGGAGAAUGAGCUGUACCUGGGCAUGUAUCCUGAUGAGCACUUCACAGAGAAGCCAGUGAAGGCAGCCAUGGAGAAAUUCAGGAAGCAGCUGGUGGAGAUAACCAGCUGCAUCAAGACGAGGAACGAGGGAAAGAGGCUGCCUUACUACAACAUGUCCCCCGAUAAAAUCCCAAACAGUGUCGCUGUUUGAGGAAUAAAAACUCACUUCAUUCAUAAUACAAUGAAGUUCUGGUGAUAUUAGUUAGCAGUCCAAAUACGCUGUUAGAAAAACUCUGUCUGCCUUGUGUGAUUUUGAUACUUUGAUACUACCACAAAUUUGCUUCUUGAUAGUUUUGUUGUCACUUAUUUAGGUGAAAAUUGGUUAAAAUGUUAUUGCAUGAAUUUGCUGCCAAUUAAAAUGUUUUUAUUUGUA